GAGCCAAUCAACUGCCGAGGCUUCAGGUGUCGCUUUGUGGUCAGGACUGUUUUGAUGCACUUGGCUAAAAUGUAAGGGACGGUUAGCUGGGAAAACAUCGACAGAAGCGUGCAUGUUUAAAUGUUUCGUAUUUCCCGGACGGAUGUUUAACGGUAUACAAGAAACUCCAAAUAACUCUGCUUCUAGAAAUGCUCGCGUUUCUUUCCACUAGCAUUGCAUGCUACUGUUUUUAGCCCUCGCCAGCUGGCAUGGCGUGAAUUCUGCAAACCCAAAGAACCAAUGUCAAGAAUGCGUCGAGCUUGCUAACGGGAUCAGGACGAGCCGAAAUGGACGCCCCAUCACCCAAGACAGAUUUCUAGUGGUGACACCAGCAACUCCAGUCCCCCACAUCCUGGCCCCGCAAGAACCCAAGCCGCGGCUCGCUUUCUUUUCUAUGACACAUCCAAUUUAUGCCCAGCUAGAUUCGGUAGAAUCGCUGUUUGACGAACUUCCAUAUAUGUUUUAUCUGGGCCUGUUCUUUGUGAACGUCCUGAUCCUUUAUUAUGCCUUUCUCAUGGAGUACAUCGUCCUAAAUGUGGGGAUAGUAUUUCUGCCUGAAGAUAUGGACCAGGCGUUAGUGGACCUCGGGGUGCUGUCCGACCCGGCCUCUGUCCCUUAUGACACGGACAACGAGCUGGAUGUUUUUGAGGGGUAUCUUGAGUGAAAGGGCGGUCCUGGAGCAAGAAAAUUACAUUUUAGUGGCGGUGGUAAAGAUGCAGAGUUCCGGGGCAGAUUGGACCAUGCUUCAAAGCGGACAUUUCAGUGAAAAAGUUUUCUCUAAAAGAAGGUAGCCUGAGGAAGAGAUUCAGCACCACCAGCGACAUGAUCGACUGUCGGGGAGAGCGCUCUGCACUGGAUCAGCUGUCGGUCUAGUCUGUUGCCAUUCUAAUAGCAAUGGACUCCAAUUGGACACCCUGGAGUUAGCGCUGGCAUCUGUGUCCUUCACGUUAGAUGCAAUGAAAGACAAAAGGGAAGCACAAUGCGCUCUAAGUGGAGAGAGACAACUGAUCCCUGUGGAUGUAAAAUGAAUGUUUACCAGAGAUGUGGAGCAUGACUCAGAUUGUCUAAGUUGCGGCCAGUUGGGGUGGCCUCUAGCUCACCCAGCAAGAGCGUACGCCCCAUGUAGGCUUGGUCCUUUGCAGCAGCCUAGGUUCGAAUCUGACCUGCGGCCCUUAGCUGCGUGUCAUCCCCCAUUAGUCAACCAUAUUUCCUGUCUAUCCACUGUCACUAUCUAAUAAAGUGAAACAAGUGCCCCAAAAAGUCAUCUUUAAAUUUCGGCCAUUUCAGAUAAAGUAGCCUGAUGUGAAUGGCAUUUACGCUGAACAACUGUCCAGGCUGUGCAAGAUGUGGUAGUCGACUACUGAAGAAGUAAAUUAAAACUUGCCACUACAGUCAUGGUGCGAUGUCCUACACAGUGUGACAUCUCAGAAGCACUGGCAAAGAGUUGGAAAACAAUGUCCACUGUAGGUCUGUUGCAUACUUAAUCACUCAUAGUACAACUAUUUGUCUUUUUUUUUUUUUAAGUUUUCAGAAUACAGAACGCAUUGCUACUUUGCUCAUGCACCUUGAGGUGUGCAAAAAUGUGUCUUUUGAGGUCAUCCAUACUGUGUAUUUGCUUCAGGGAUGUACAUAUUCUCAGGAGCACUGGCAAGACUCUGAUACUCGACACAAACUGUGAAACACAAGAGACCCUUUUCAAACUCUCUUAUGACUCAGAAGCACCACACCGCACUUGCCACACGUUUUAUGAUACUGCAGCAAGUAUUAAAGCAUAAAAAAGAACCUCAGAAGACAUUUGACAUUCUUUAAUUCUUGCAUUUUGUUUUAUUUAAUGUUAUAAAUGUGUGUUAGACACAGAAAAGACUCGACGCAUGAUAUUGGUUAUGUGUUUUAAAAAGGUUUAGUUUGUCACCUUCUGUUCAGUUUGUUAUGAAUUUUAGAAUUCUGUUCAAAUGUAUAUUCUUGGCAGCAAUAAUA